AGCGCCAAAUAGAAACAAGUUUAAUUUGGGCUCGGAACUGACUCGGGUAAACUGCAAGUAUUAGUGCUCUUUAAGCAAGUCUCUUUAGCCAAGUAGUUUUACCUUUACAGUUUUGAGUAAUUUACAUGUAAUUCAUGAGCAGACAGAAGCGCUUAUAACCAUGUCUAGACGAAGUGGUCACCUGCAGAAAAUAUCUGAAAAUCCUCCAGGGCAGAUGGGCAAAGUAACUAAGCAAAACAGAAAAAAGAUUCAGCCCCUGUCAAAGCUGCAGUGUGAGAAGAACCAGACGGUACUUGAAGGUGUCGCCAAGCCUUAUGUUCUCAUCAAAACUUCUGGGAAGGGAGUCGGAGGCGACUGUGAUGCAGUUCUCGCUUCAACAAAUUCCUUGGUUCAGCCGUCACCUCUGCCUCAUCUUGGAUCUCCUGAAGGUGUGUGGGUGAAGAUGGUCUGCAGGGAGCAGAACUACAGAUGCAGCAAGAGCUUCCUGCUGAAGCACCCCACAAUACAACCCAGAAUGAGGUCAAUACUCCUCGACUGGUUAAUGGAGGUGAGUGAGGCCUAUAGUCUUCACCGGCAGACGUUCUACCUGGCGCAGGACUACUUCGACCGCUUCAUGUUGACGCAGAACAACAUUGAGAAAGGCAUGCUGCAGCUCAUCGGGAUAACCUGUCUUUUUAUAGCAUCAAAGAUGGAGGAACCCUGUCCUCCAAAGCUCUCACAGAUGGCCUAUGUGACUGCAGGGACCUACUAUGAAGAUGAGAUCCUUCAGAUGGAGCUAAUCAUUUUGAAGGCACUGAAGUGGAACCUUUGUCCUGAAACCGCCGUCUCCUGGCUGAAGCUUUACUUCCAGAUGGCAUCGAUGACCACCGACUCUGACCUGCUGGAGUCGCAGUUUCCACAGGAGGCUUACAUACAAAUGACUCGUCUUUUAGACUUGUGUAUCCUCAACAUAAACUCUCUGGACUUUGAGUACCGAGUGUUGGCUGCCUCAGUCCUCGGCCAUUUCAUUCAACAGGAAACUGCUGAGAAGAUUUCAGGUCUAUUGAAAGACUCCAUCCAGCUGUGUGGUAACUGGAUGGCCCCCUCUGUGGAGUGGGCGGGCUGGUGUGGCAGAGCGGCACUGAGGAAUUUUGCCAAAAUAAAGAGAGAAGACAGACACAACAUCCAGACGCACAUGGACUAUAUGGCCAUACUGGAGGAUGUCAGAGGUGAGCAGCCAGUUCCUCACUCCUCCCAACAGCACAGAGAAAACCUGCACACACGCACUGAAGCACAAGAGGAAGAAGAGGUGAACAAAGAGGACACGGGUUAAAGUCCCACGAAGACUUGAGUUGUGUACAGGAAGCGGCUCGUAGUUGACUGGAAUACUGAGUCUGCAUGAGUUUAUUUCAUGUCUGCUGAUGUGAAAUGUCACUGAAUGAAUUAUGCAGGGUUGUGUUUUAAAGACUCUUAAAUCUUGGCCAAAGCUUUUUUUUUUUUUUUGCUGUUUUUAGCAACUGGGUGCUUUUUUAAAGUAGAAGUGUCAUUUCUAGGAAAUUAUGAUCUUUUACUAAAAGUGAUGUGCAAUGGUUUUCUAUUGUAGCAUAUUAAAUAUGUUCAUAGUCAACAGAUACAAUCUUUAAAACACUGGUUCAGGGUCAGUUGAUGUGAAAUAGUUUUGUAAAAUAGAUGAACCAGUUUACAGCCGCUGCUUCACCUGUCGGCUAAUCUGUAAACACCGAUGUUCAGUGACUGCAGCGUUUCAUGAACCGUGAUGAAAGCUGUCAGAAAGCUCCAGCUGAAUGAAAGACACACUCCUGAUCUUUACAUGCUGGUAAACAAGCCAUUGUUUGUAACUCAGGGCCAUGAUGGUCAGUGAGUUGUUGAAUGAAUAAUUUUUCCAAAGUGUACAAAAUGAGCAACUGUAUUUAUUUUAGAAGUUUAUCUUCUACCACAAAAUAAAAUAUACAUUCCCACCCCAAGA